CGCCACCCGGUCCCCCGACGGAGGUGCUCUUCACGCCGUUCUGGGAGGAGGGAGGCCGGCGGAGGAUGGUCCUCGCCCGCUGGUCCGCUCGCUGAGCCACGCCGAGGUCCCUCUCCGCGCCCCGCUCCCGCGCCAACUAGUUGUGCAGCCACCGGGACUGAACUUCGGAGGACUCGCCCCGUUUAUUUCUUUUUACAUUAUUGGAGGUGGUCGAGGGUGGAAGGUGAAGCUGAGGCAGCCGACCCCACCACGAUGCUGGUGAAGAAGCACACGGGGAAAGGAGGAGGCCGGGAGGCCGGACCGGCGGACGCGAGCCCCGCAGGGCAGCGCUGCGCUGCGGCUGGACCCCAGUGCGCGGCCCUGGCAGCCCUCCUGUCAGUGGUGGCCAUCCUGUCUUGUCUGUACCUGGGGGUGAAAACCAACGACCUCCAGGCGCGGAUAGCCGCUCUGGAAUCGGCGAAAGGGGCCCCUUCCAUUCCUCUGCUGUCUGAUACCGAGGAUCAGCUCAAGGCCAUGGUGCAGGAGAAAGUGGAGCGCCUUCUGGCUCAGAACUCCUAUGAACAUAUGGCUAAAAUAAGAAUCGCAAGAGAAGCACCUUCAGAAUGCAACUGCCCAGCAGGCCCUCCAGGGAAACGAGGUAAGAGGGGCCGAAGAGGAGACUCUGGUCCUCCUGGUCAGCCUGGUCCUCAGGGCCCUCCUGGUCCAAAAGGUGAUAAGGGAGAACAAGGUGAUCAAGGGCCUCGGAUGGUGUUUCCUAAAAUCAAUCAUGGGUUUCUCUCUGCUGAUCAGCAGCUCAUUAAACGCCGCCUGAUUAAGGGUGACCAAGGACAAGCAGGGCCUCCAGGACCCCCAGGCCCUCCAGGCCCAAGAGGGCCACCUGGGGACACAGGGAAAGAUGGUCCCCGUGGAAUGCCAGGAGUGCCCGGUGAACCAGGGAAACCAGGAGAACAAGGCUUGAUGGGUCCUCUGGGGCCUCCAGGACAAAAGGGUUCAGUUGGAGCACCUGGAAUUCCAGGAACAAAUGGACAAAAGGGUGAGCCUGGGUUGCCUGGAGCAGUGGGACAGAAUGGAAUACCAGGGCCAAAGGGAGAACCUGGAGAACAAGGAGAAAAGGGAGAUGCUGGAGAGAAUGGCCCCAAAGGUGAUACAGGCGAAAAGGGUGACCCUGGAUCAUCUGCUGCUGGAAUCAAGGGAGAACCUGGAGAAUCGGGUCGUCCAGGGCAAAAGGGUGAACCAGGGCUUCCUGGGCUUCCUGGACUUCCGGGGAUAAAGGGAGAACCAGGUUUCAUUGGUCCUCAGGGGGAACCAGGCUUACCAGGGUUACCAGGAACCAAAGGUGAACGUGGGGAGGCAGGGCCUCCUGGAAGAGGUGAGCGAGGGGAGCCUGGAGCCCCUGGACCCAAGGGAAAACAAGGUGAAUCAGGAACUAGAGGUCCAAAGGGGUCAAAGGGUGACCAUGGAGACAAAGGGGACUCUGGAGCUCUGGGCCCAAGAGGUCCACCUGGUCCAAAAGGGGAUCAAGGAGCCACCGAGAUCAUAGACUACAAUGGUAACCUCCAUGAAGCCUUACAGAGGAUUACCACCUUAACUGUCACGGGCCCCCCUGGACCUCCAGGACCUCAAGGACUACAAGGGCCAAAGGGAGAGCAGGGAUCUCCAGGAAUCCCAGGAGUAGAUGGAGAGCAGGGACUCAAAGGCUCAAAGGGAGACAUGGGCGACCCAGGUAUGCCAGGUGAAAAAGGAGGAAUUGGACUUCCAGGAUUACCGGGUGCCAAUGGAAUGAAAGGAGAAAAAGGAGACUCCGGAUUGCCUGGUCCUCAGGGUCCUUCUAUCAUAGGCCCACCAGGCCCACCAGGUCCCCAUGGCCCACCCGGCCCCAUGGGGCCCCAUGGACUUCCUGGACCAAAGGGUGAACCAGGGUUAAAUGGUGUUAAAGGAUUGAAGGGUGAACCAGGUCAAAAGGGUGACAGAGGACCCCUUGGUCUUCCAGGAGCAUCUGGCUUAGACGGAAAGCCAGGAUCCCGGGGUAUAGAUGGUCCUGUGGGACCCCAUGGCCCUGCUGGUCCCAAAGGAGAAAGAGGUGAAAAAGGAGCUAUGGGAGAGCCUGGACCCAGAGGGCCCUAUGGCCUACCUGGGAAAGAUGGAGAGCCUGGUCUUGAUGGCUUCCCUGGUCCACGGGGCGAGAAGGGCGACCUAGGAGAAAAGGGAGAAAAGGGGGAAAAGGGAAAGAAAGGCAAAAAGGGGCCUAAAGGGGAGAAAGGAGAACAGGGUGCUCCUGGAUUAGAUGCACCCUGCCCGUUGGGGCCAGAUGGAUUACCCAUGCCUGGCUGUUGGCAAAAGUGAUGAAUCUAACUUUCCAAGCAUGAAGUUGUACAUAUAAUGGUCCACUUUUUAUAUUUAUAGUUGAAACCUGAAUUGCAGAUUUUACGAGUCUGAGAUAUGUUUACAUAGAGCUGCUUCUUCCUGCUUGCAGUAGUACACAUGUCCAUCUUGUCUCCACUUACACCUGAAAUGGGACAAUUUAUGAAAUCAAUGAGAAGCCUACAAAAUAUGUAGAUCAGUAUCUCUUUACCUUAUGUGAAGAUAUGCAUUUAAAUGGACAUUUCAGUGAUAGAGAAUGAUUGUUCUUGCUAUUUUCCUACUUUCAGCUUGUUAAUUGCAUGGACAAAAAGUGCCAUGAAAUAGUUUACAUGAAAUUGUGACCAAAUAUGAACUCAAAGUUAUGAACAUGUACUGUACUGGCUGACAUUAGAGUGUAUUGUCACAUUCCCAUUCACCUUCCCUAUAAGCUUUGGUUCAUGCUCUUGUCACCCACUGAAACACUAAAAGAGCAUGACAGUGUGCCAAACCUGCUUGUUGUGCAACUUCAGAUUCCAGCAUGCUGCUUAAUGAGCCCUUUGACUAUAUCUAAGCUUUUAUUCCUUUUGUCAUCUCAAGGGAGUUACACCAUGGCUUAUUGCCAAAAAGAGAUAAGUUGAUGGAGAGCACACACACGAUUGAUCUUGUAUUUUGAGGGAGCUGCAGUCCUGACUGCAGAUCUACAGCUUCCAGCAUUGUGGGCUCACAUGGCCUCCUAGGUUGAAAUACCAAGGGGUUGAGCCAGUUGCUGUGGCCAGUUUUCCUUGGGCUGCCCUUGGCAGUGAAGAUAUGGGAAGAGGACCAGUUCAGCAUCCUGCACUGUCCUUCAUGUGACCAAGUAGGAAAGAGGUUUGCAAAUACCAACACCCAUAACAGACUUUUUUAUAAAUACACUGAAUUUGAGCAAGUGUUAAUAUGGGUGCUUUUGGAAAAUGACUAGACAUACAGUACUUCUUUUGGGAUAGAAGAUUCUUGGAAUGGCAGUCCCUGUUCUGCAAUCAGUAUGAACAUCCUGUCGAAGCUCAGGUUGUGGAAGAAGUAGUACAUCCCAAGGAGGGGUCAGCCAAAACAACCUCUCCUGAAGAUGUGAGGGAGCUCACCGGCACUGUCUCUACCAGACUCGAUAUGAGAGCUCUGCUUCCUUCUAAGAGCCAACCAUAUCAGACAUUUUCUACCAAGCUCUAAAAAAAGGAAAAUAAUUUCCAUUCUCUUAAUGUUUUUUUUUCUUUUUUCCUUUCAUGGUCCCAGGAAUAUUUAGGAAACAGUUGUUUUCAUUUUUUCAAUCUUGUUUUGAGCAAAUUUAUUUCAAAGUAAAAUCUUCAAAUCACAGUAAGUUGGUGCCAGCAGUCAAUAGAACUUUUUACUGACCUCACUCUUGUUUGGGUUAAUUGAAGAGACUGUAUACAACCCACUUCCAGUAUAAUUAUUGUAAAGCAUGAAAGUUAAGCAUUUU